AGGAGCAGACUCUCCAUGGAAAACUUCCCCUCGGUUUAUUUUCUUGAGAAGGCUCCAGGCUUCGGCUUGGAAAAUCCAGCCGCCACCAUUGAGCCCAGCAGCUGGAGCGGCAGCGAGAGCCCUGCCGAAAACUUGGAAAGGAUGAGCGACUCGGCAGAUAAGCCGAUUGACAACGAUGCAGAGGGGGUCUGGAGCCCCGACAUUGAGCAGAGCUUUCAGGAGGCCUUGGCUAUCUACCCGCCGUGUGGGAGGAGGAAAAUCAUCUUAUCAGACGAAGGCAAAAUGUAUGGUAGAAAUGAAUUGAUAGCCAGAUACAUCAAACUCAGGACAGGGAAGACAAGGACCAGGAAGCAGGUGUCUAGUCAUAUACAGGUCUUAGCAAGAAAGAAAGUUCGAGAAAUUCAAGCCGCCAUUAAGGUGUCUAGUCACAUUCAGGUUCUUGCCAGAAGGAAAUCUCGUGAUUUUCAUUCCAAGCUAAAGGUAACAAGCAUGGAUCAGACUGCCAAGGACAAGGCCCUGCAGCACAUGGCCGCCAUGUCGUCAGCUCAGAUCGUCUCGGCCACUGCCAUCCACAACAAGCUGGGGCUGCCUGGGAUCCCACGCCCCACCUUUCCAGGGGCACCGGGGUUCUGGCCUGGAAUGAUACAGACAGGACAGCCAGGAUCCUCACAAGACGUCAAGCCCUUUGUGCAGCAGGCCUACCCCAUCCAGCCAGCAGUCACAGCCCCUAUCCCAGGGUUUGAGCCUGCGUCUGCCCCAGCUCCCUCGGUUCCUGCCUGGCAGGGUCGUUCCAUUGGCACAACCAAGCUUCGCCUGGUAGAAUUCUCAGCUUUUCUAGAACAGCAGCGAGACCCAGACUCGUACAACAAACACCUCUUCGUGCACAUCGGGCAUGCCAACCAUUCUUACAGUGACCCAUUGCUUGAAUCCGUGGAUAUUCGUCAGAUUUAUGACAAAUUUCCUGAAAAGAAAGGUGGUUUGAAGGAACUGUUUGGAAAGGGCCCUCAAAAUGCCUUCUUCCUCGUGAAAUUCUGGGCUGACUUAAACUGCAAUAUCCAAGAUGAUGCUGGGGCCUUUUAUGGUGUGACCAGUCAGUAUGAGAGUUCUGAAAACAUGACAGUAACCUGUUCCACCAAAGUGUGCUCCUUUGGGAAGCAAGUAGUAGAAAAAGUAGAGACGGAGUAUGCAAGAUUUGAGAAUGGUCGAUUUGUAUACCGAAUAAACCGCUCGCCAAUGUGUGAAUAUAUGAUCAACUUCAUCCACAAGCUCAAACACUUACCAGAGAAAUACAUGAUGAAUAGUGUUUUGGAAAACUUCACAAUUUUAUUGGUGGUAACAAACAGGGAUACGCAAGAAACUCUGCUCUGCAUGGCCUGUGUAUUUGAAGUUUCAAAUAGUGAACAUGGAGCACAGCAUCAUAUUUACAGGCUUGUAAAGGACUGAACAUGGUUAUUUAUAUAUAUAGAUAUCUGUAUAUACACACACCUAUGUGCACACACACACUCUCUCCAUUAUCGAACGACUGACUGUAAACCUCACCACACAGGGUGGUGUCCUGGCCCUAAGGUCACGCCCCAACUUUUCUAAAUCCUGUUUGAGUGAAGUCAUUUUUUUUCCAUGUGUUCAUACCCAUCAUUGUAGCUGUGAAGUUUUGGUACAGUUGUAAAAAGAGAAAUCGAGUUGUUUCUAUGUGUUCCUCAGAUCUGCAGCCCACAACUCCUUGGGAAAGGUGAAUUUGAAUAGCCUAAGCCCCCCCAGACUUGUUUCUUAUUGUGGGAGAAAACACUGAGACAGAGCUUGGCCGUGGGACAUUGACCGCCUUUAUACACAUGUAUUUAGUUUCUCUUUUUUCCCAACAUAAAAUUCUUGUUUUAAGAUACAAGUAAAAUUAAUCUUUAAAUAUAAGUGUACAUUAGCACACAGAAACUAAGAUUCUUUAAUCUUUGUAACUAAUUAGGGUGGAAGUUAUGAAAGAGUGUAAUUUCACUAAAUUAUUUUUUAAAUGAAACCUUUCUUUCUUUUUGAAACCAAAUGUUAAACUAUAGCCUUAAGAAAUACUUGGUAGAAAUACCCUAAUGAGACAAAUUUGUACUUUUUCUUUUCAAGGUUAAAACUAAUCUCCUAAUUCAUUAAACUAUUGAAACAGGUAUUACAAAGGAAGAAAACUUCACCUCUUAUCCUUAACAUAUAUAGUAUAUUUAAAAAUGUAAAAUUGUAUUGUACUAAUGUGAUAAUUAUUUAAUGAAGAAAGAAAAGAUGGCCCUUUUGCAAUAAGUAGUUAAAUACUGAAAAAAAUCUAAGCUUACAGUGUUCAUAGUCUUGUGUGUGCGGUUAUAUUUUAUAUAGUCAACCAAAUUUUUUUAUCAAGAUGAGUUAAUAUUUGAACCACUGAAAUUAAUAGCAAAAUUUUUUGAUUGGCACUAACUCUGCCCUGUGAGUUGCAAAGUAUAGAGAGUCCUGUGGCUGGGAGAAAAUCAUCAUCAACCAGACAAGGAAAAGGCUCUUCAGGCUCAGCAUCUCUGUUCCCCAGAAUGUCACAAGUACCCUCACCACCUGUGGAUCCAACAUGCCAACAUGUGUAGGAAGCUGCCAUGUUUGUAGCUCUCUGUGUGUGUGUAUGUGUGUGUGUGUGUACAUGUGUACUGCAUGUACAUGUGGACCUUCAACUCUGAACAUGCUCCCUGUCAGUGUGCUAAGUGCUUAUGUCUCUAGAUCUCAGUGUGCAUUGUGGACAUGAAUAUAUUCUCUCUAUAAAGACAACUAUUUCUUUGCUUGUUCUGUAAGCCACAAGGCACUCAGUCAACUUGUGUUCAAGAAUUUUCUGUCUAUUCUUUUCAAGCAGGCUCCCACAUUCAGAAAGUUCUGUUACCAAGAGUGAUUUCAAUUUUAUAAUCCCAGUAUUCUAAAGCAUUGCCCAGCAGAGUUGGUCUGAUGUGACCUCAUGUCUUGGGUUAUUUCUGUAAGUGCUUCUUCAUUGAGGAGGGAAGAAGAAUUACCCCUCAGCUUCCCAGAGGAAAAGGAGGUAUUUUUUUUUAUAUAACUUUUAAGAAUAUGUGAACACAAUAGAACAUGAAAUAACUUUUGUAAGUUAUAAAAUGUGGCAGUUUUUUUGCUCCAAGACUAUAAAGUAAAAUCCUACUUCUGUCAUACCCAGGUGACUUACACACCUUUUUUUUUGCCCCAGUUCCUGCUUGUAUAGUGUUCAGCACUAUACACCCGGUGGGUUUGACUGGCUUGUGGCCAAAAAAACCACACUAGAAUGAGUCUGUCUUUUCCCAGAUACUUGCCAGUCCCUGGGAAAACCAGAGCAGAACAGAAUGGGAGACCUCUCACUAGAAGUGCAUCUCCCUUGUGAAACCUGGUGGGGCAGUGUACUCUUCAAAACAAACUACCCUUGUUCCCUGGCUCUAAGCCAAUCCUCAAAGGAAGGAGUGCCCUGGGUUUCCACCCCUCUGUCUGAUCUUCAGACAAGUAUUUAAGCAUCUCUCAUGACAUUUAUAGUUACUCUGUUGGAAACUCCUCUUAGGGAUAUUUUCUUUGGCUCUAGUUCCUUUCAUCUUCUCUGGAGGGAUCCCUCACUCCCCUGAGAUCAGGCCUAUAUGGAUGGGUACAAAUGAUCUCCUAUGGUUAAGAGCCAGGCAGAUUCAGAAUGAGGAGAGAGGUCUGCUGUGUUCCCACCCAGGAGUGGAACUGCUCUUCUGUGCCACCAAGAGGGCUCUGGGGAGUGUAUUUCCCAAGUGGCAGCCAGAGGGCAGGGGUUGGCUGCAUGCACCCUAGCUGGCCCACCUCCCUGGUUCAGGCUGGGUCCUCUGCUCUGUCACCACCCAUGUCCUCCCACAUACCUUUCAGGUGGGCUGUGGAGGGAGAUAGGAAAGACUUCCAGGCUUACUUUUUGCUUUUAAAACAGCUAUAAUAUUUUAAAAUACAGUACUUUUAUUUUGUAAGAAUUUCAUGCAAUGUAUUUUGAUCUUAUUCACCACCCCCUUAACUUCUCCCAUUUCUACCCCCCCUCCCAACUUCAUGUCUUCUUCAAAAAACACCAAGACCAAUUUAUGCUGCCCAAGUACUCAUGGAGGUAGGGCCAUCCACUGGAGCAUAGUUGGAAUAAGAGGGUCACACCCUUAGAGAAAACCAACUCUCUCUCCCAUUAGUUGUCAAAUAGCUCCUCAGUUUGGGAUGGGGCCUCGUGUCCCAUCCCCCUCAAAUCCCCAUACUAGAAUGUUGACUGGCUUGAUCUUGUGUAGACAGCCAUAGCUGCUGUGAGUUCACGAAUGCAGUGGUCCUGUCCUGUCCUGUCCUGUCCUGUUCUGUCCUGUCCAAAAGACACUGUUUUGCACCAGCUCUCCCCAGCCUUUGAGUCUUUUGAUCUUCCACCUCCUUGAUUAUAAAAGUGUUAAAUCUUCUAUCAUUUCUCUGCCUUAAGCAGCAGUGAUCUAGUUAUCCCAAACUUUUGGAUUUCUUGUUUUGUUUUCCAAACUAGACCCUCUGGUGGGAUUUGUAUCUUAGCAUCCAGUCCCAUCUCUCUCUGAUCCAUCCUCCUACUUGGCUCAUCUCCCCCUUCUCAGCUUCCUGUAAAGGAAGCCCUUGCUGAGCCCCUGAGCCCUGUUCCUAACCUCUCUCCUGGUGCUCUCUGUCUCCCAGUGACUCUCCAGGACAGGUCUCUAGAGACUUCUGCAGUGAGACCAGCUUUCCCCUGGCAGGGGCCAGUGAGGGCUAUGUUUUGUUGGCAUUCAUGGCCAUUGUAGGGAGAGACCUAAAGUCAAAUCAGUGCUUGUUCAGAACAUGACCUGGGACUCAGAGUAAAGAUGACACUAGCCCAGGCUUUGUCCAUUUUGACACUAGGGACAUUUUGAACCAGCUAAUUGUCUGGCCUCUUCCACACUUAUCACAAUUCAGUGCCCUCAUGAAUGACCAAAUGUCCUGAGGGGUGCCAGGUUCAACCUCAGCUGAAAAUUUUUGGUUGCCCUUUCCUUCAUUGGUCACAUUGGCAUAUUGGUGACUAUUUUCUCUUCCAUUGGACCCUGUAAAAGCUGCUCUCCUAGGAGCCUUUUUUUAGGUCAAAAGAAGCAGGUAGGCAUCAGUCAUCCACCACAUCCAUGUUUCCUCCUGUUUUGAGACUUCUGUUUCCCAGCCAUCUCUCUGUGUCUGCCCUUUUGCUCAUCCCUGGGGGAGUUGGAGACAGCUAAUUGUCACCCUCCUUGAAAUCGGCUGAUUCGGCAUUAGCCUUUACUAAGUUUUUUUUUUUUUUUUUAAUCCCACAGUUUUGGUUCUUUCUCAGAAGUACCUGGGUCUCCUCAUCAAACCUUUGACUUUUAGUUUAUUUCCUCUGACUCGCUUCUCCUUUCUGUUUUGUGGUCCAUGCUGUUGGUGGAAUCUGUUGAACUUCUUUGUGGACAGGGCAGGGAUCUGUUCCCGAAGGGGACUCAUGGAGUCGUUCACUCUUGAACUAAAAGAAAGCACACUCCAUUUCCUUUCAUCUUGAGGGGAUGAGGUGCUUGACCCAAAGCCCCACAACUGACUAGUGACAGAACAAGGGUCGGGGCUUCUCAUUCAUCCUCGACCUCCCCACAGUGGAGGCCAUCUUCCCUUGGUGCUCUAUGCUUAUGUGAUCCCUAAGAAUGAUGGAUAGGGUCAGUUCAGAGCCCCGUGCAGAAGCCCAGCAUCACCUAGUAUGACAAGUGCCUGUCCUCGAGCUGUAGCCAUCCUCGGGGACCAGAAGCAGGUACAGAGACUGCUGAGCCUUUCUGCUUUUUUGGAGGACAGUUCACCAGCCACAGACUCUGAGUCAAAUUCUACUUGCCAACCAUCCCAGCAGCAAAGUGUCCUGCCCACACACCAGCCAAAACAUAGCCCUUGGUGUUAAAAGUUCCCAGAGGACUUUUAACCCCAAAUCUUCAUUAGGCUUCAGUAACGUGGUGGCGUUAGCCAUUGUUUUUCUAAAACUGUAAAUGAUUACAGUCAUGUGACAGUCAAUUUUCUAAACCAGGGACCUAUAAAUUUGUAUGAUUUUGUGUAUGCUCUGGUAUACUACGCCUGUCCUAAGGAAGGGGAGAACUAACUGGUGGUGUCCCCACCUGUGACAUAAGGAGGAUGCGUGCAUUGCUGACUUAAUGUUGAUGUUUCUGUGGCUAAGCCCUGACGUGUAUUUCUGAAAAGCCUUAAAUCUUGGAGACGCCUUGUCGUCGUUGUCAUAGGGUGCAAAAGGCUGCCUCGGAACCGUGAGCCCUUUCGUAAGCUGGGAGCGUUUCUCUUUCUACUGUUACUUUUUUUUAAGAGAGUUUUCAAUUCACAGCUGCCAAAGUGUCCGGUGAAGCAGUGCCUUAGCAAUACCUUAGUCGCCGCCAGCCUUUGCCCACACCUGCGUCGGUGUCCAUUUACCAGUGGACCCCGAGUCCACAGCAGGACCGGCCAAAAUGGUUCUCUUUUUCGUUCUGAGUGCCCAUUUUUAAAUCUAGCUCUCUAGGAAACUUGGUUAAAAAAAAAAAAAUCUGAAAUGGAACCCAAGUCAGUUCUUUGACCACAUUCUCAAAUAUAUCUCCAUACCAAAACUAAAGUUUGCAACUCGGUUUACCAUGAAAAGCGAAUUGUACUUUUCAUCGAUGCCUUUUUAAAUUCAUGACCAAAUACUUAGCUAUUUGUGAAUCUUCUGCGCUCCAACAUGAAAGUGCCUUUGGCUUGAGAUUCCAGCUUAGAAAAGUGCCGCUAUAAUAACGACGACUUGUAGAGAGACCAAAAAUAUUUUGAGAUCACCGUAAUGCCUUUGGUAACUGGGAUGAUAAUCAGCCACAGGCCUCCAUUCAGAGAGCACCACGUGGGCCCCGCCUGCCGCAAGUCUGCCACUGGGGACCCCACCACACUCACCUGCGGCAGGGUGACCUCGCAGACUGUUGUGUCUGUGUGCUGACCCCCGGCAUGUCGUGUCAACUCAUCACCCAGCCCUGCAUCCCUGGGAAGGAGCCUACCCGCGAGCAACAGAAUCCCGGCCAGUGGGCAGUAUGCGGCUUUUGCCUUCUUGUGUUCGAAUCCAGUCUCUGGAGACUUUCUUGUCCGUUCAGACGACAGUGUGCACUUACCCGUUUUACACAGUGAUACCAAUUCAAUCGUUGGAAGCCUCAGAUUGAGAUGACAGUGCAGGAAAAAUUAAAAAAGGUUAGGAUCGUUACAAUUGAAGAUUCUUCUUACAGCCAACUUGCUGGCUCUUGAGUGUUACAUUUGAAUGUGUCACGAGAGACUUCCAAAGAGCACCAUGUUCGGCAUCUUCAAAGAAUGUUCCAGCCCUUAGAGGGCCACCUCUUUAAAGUCUGUGUCAGCUUAGAGCGAAACCUUUGUACAUUGGGAAAAACUGAUACCAGUAAAGAGCAGGAGUUAGAAGAACCAAGAGGUAGAGACAGAAGAAAAAAAAAAGCCAAAAAGAAGCCAGGAAAAAAGGUGGGUUUUUUUGUUUUGUUUUUUUCUCCCUUUGCUGGUAUAAAAAUAACAUCAGACAACUUUGAAAGUUAGCCUCUAAAUUUUUACUACAGAAGUUCUCUCUGUUUCUACCUGGUGUCUAACAAAUAGGCUCUUUAGGCUCUGAAAUUUCAGAAGUGAUUUGUAUCCACCCCAAGUUGUGUGUAUAAAAGUUCUGUUUAAAAAUAAAACAAAAACUAUCAAAUGACAAGGACAAUGACUCAGCACUGGUAGUUAGCUGUUUGAGGUUUUAGAUUCCUCCCUGUUGGGAAUGCACCACAACUUGGAAGACAUUAGUCAGAUGUGUCUUCUUGCAUCUCUUUCUGACUGUGGCUGUCUCACAUGACCAUGGUUUUCUCUCGUAAACCCUUUGCUUAUACCUUUAAGAAUGAAGGUUUUGUAUUUAAAAUUUGCUGCAUUGCAAAAGGUAGUUUCACUGAAUUCAAGCAUCACUGAUUAGGAUAAAGCAUUUGUAUUUAUUCUCCUUCCUAAGCCCUGACCUGUUUUCUCUGUGAAUUUGCAUUGAGUCACUUGUAUCCCACACUACAUCACUGUAGAUGCAAACAGCAUUUCUGUCCCCUUCCCUCACCCCUCACCUGGGGUCAGAUCCCACUCAUGUCCUUGCUAGGCCUGACUUUGUCAGCUCCAUCAUGGACUCGCUCCACUUCCCUCUUUUCGGAGAGACAGGCAGAAUCCACACAUCCAUCAGUGGGAAACCUGCCCUCAGUUUUCUUUUUGGAUUUUGUUUUGGCAUUAAUUGUUUUUUGUGAUUCAGUUUCACUGUAUAAAUUAGAUACUAUCUGUACUUCCUUUAAAAAAAAAAAAAGAUGUGCAUCUCCCUGUUACCUCCUUGAAAGAGUGACUCUCCAGGCCUUUUCAAUGGGUUUAUGACUGCAGACAAGGAAAAAACAGUACGUGCCUGAAAAAUAACAACAAAAACAUCUUUUUGUAACAUUAAAAAAAACCCGAAUAGCCUUUACUUCUUUGAUAUGCUCAAAUUUUAUGUAAAUUGAGUUUUGCCACAUGUUCGUUCACGUUCUAAUCGACUUACUGGGUUCUCAUGGUCUGUUGUCUCGUGUAACUUGUAUAGAACGGACUUGUGACGUAAGUGGUUCCUUUGAUACUGUACUGCUGCUGGGACUGGGCUGGAGCCCACCUCUGGGUUCCUGUGGGGGAAGACUGGCGGAAAAGGGGGUGGGGUGGCUCAUUCACACAUUUUCUUAACUCUGCAGAAACUUUGAGAAAGCGUUUGGGUAGACCUCCUGGCAGCACAGUGUUCUUGUGUUUGUUAAUGUUUGUGUUUAGGUACUGGUACCACUUUGUUUAAAGAUGUUCUAAGUGUCGGCUUUAAAGUGAAUUAUCUUUAGUAUGAUAGUUAUAUGAAAAUUAUAGGGUUUGUGUGCAGAGAAUUUUUUUAUAAAGUGCUUUGUACAAAAAAUGUAUUCUAGCUUUCGCGGUACAUAUGUGUGAUAACUUUAAUAUCCAUGACAGUUAAGUGCAAUUAUUUCAUCACUCUAAAAAUGCUAUUUUUGUGUCAGUUCCUGCAGGUGUUUUCAUGUCUUUGCAAAGUGACACAUUUUGAUGCCUUCUUGAUAAAGUGGUAGACAUUUUGUAGCUUUCUAGAAACUUUGUAUUCAUACGGUAUCAAUGAAAAAUAAAGAAAAUGAAAGUGUGGGUCA